AUGCUCUAUAAUUUAGGACUCAUAGUUGGAGCUCCGGUUAUUUUGCUUCGUAAUUUGAACCCAUCACGGUUGUGCAAUGGCACGCGAUUAGUCGUUGAAAAAUUAAUGAACAACGUCAUCGAAGCCAUUAUUUUAAAUGGCAAAUGCCGGGGUGAAAGUAUAUUUCUUCCACAAAUCUCUAUUAUACUCACAGAUGUGCCUAUUCAAUUGAAACGCAUUCAGUUCCUCAUUAGAUUGGCAUUUGCAAUUACUAUUAAUAAGUUUCAAGGUCAAAUAAUGUCUGUUUGUGCCUUAGAUUUGAGCACAUCAUGUUUUCCACACGGACAAUUCUACGUGGCAUACUCUCAAGUGGGCAAACCAUCCAGUUUGUUUGUGUUAACUGAAGAUGAAAUGAUAAAAAAUAUUGUAUACUCCAUUGCACAAUAA